UGUGUGUGUGUGUGUGUGUGUGUGUGUGUGUGUGUCCAAAAAUCUUUUGGUGUUUGUGUCUGAAAAUGUGCUGGCAGUGGAAAAUUCAAUUCAGUGUGUGCUUUGGCUGCUCCGUGGAACAUAUGGGAGUGUUCACUGCCUGUGCAGCGCUGGAAAUGCAUGAAGACCUUCUUUCUUCUCCAAUCUCCGAGCGCAUAAACACAUUCCCACAAGAACACUGGAGUCAGGAGCCGGUCACCUCUUCUGCUCUCUCUCUGAUCUUUUAGUGUCUCUCUUUCAUUUCCAGCCUCUUUGCAACACUCUCAUCUUGCUGCCUCUCUCCAGGUGUCCCUCUUUCUGCUGUGAUCAUGAUCAUCAGAGGUCUUUGUGCCCUGUCAUCCUGAGCAGGAGAGGAGGUGGCUGUCUAUGGGUGGGCUAGAAUGGGAGGAAGGCAGGGAGCUGUUAAUCCCACCCACUCAUUCAGACACAAGAGCAGCCAGACAGCCACCAGGACAGUAAACUGGUGUCUGACUGCAGCCAGACUGGCCUCAGAGCUCCACAGGCUGCUCUUCCAGCUUGUAUGAAACAACUCCUCUGAGCUCCAGUCAGCCACAAUGCAAAACAGAGCUGCUCUGACGCAGAAGCUCGUUAUUUCUUAUGAUGUGGUGAAGAAAAAACUGUCUGACCUUCUGGUGGCUGUCACGAAAAAAAAGUUUUUACAAAAUCCAUCCCUCUGAGGUCACUUGGAAAAUAUAUUAAGGAAAUUAUUAGGCCAUAUCUUGCCAUUUUCCAGUGAAAUCCUUACAUGACAUUUUCUCUUGUUUUAUUUCUCGCAACAGUGCUGUGGAAAACUCCACAUGCAGUGUGGUAAAAUCUGAAAAACUUUUUUUUUUUUGGUCUUACAAAACAGAACUAUGCAAAUUCCAAAACAAAACAGUUGAAAACAGCAACGUGUGCUGCCAAGAUCUCCUCGGAGGAACCGGGGAGAUCGAAGCUGCGACCGCCCCGCUUCCCGGCACUGACAGACGGUCAUGAGACCACGGGGCCCGCCGCCAGCUGGCCGGAGAGCGCAUCUUUGAUGUGUGACGCAUCGGGGGGGAGACGCCUUCACCCAGCAGACCUUCACACACGAACUAGAGGAAAUAUAAAAGUUUCUUUCCACUGCAAUGUGAGUUAGUCAGAAGGAACAUACAGUUGUUUCUGGAAAGUCGUGACAUUUCUCCAUUAAGAGCGCUUGUAAUUUGGGUUUUUUAGUACUCUCGACAAGUCUUUCCAGGAAUAAAUAUUAAAAAUUGUCCCUGAGACUUGCAAAUCUGUUAAUAGAUAGUGAUGCAGCAUUAAAACACUUUAAAUGUGUGCACCGUUGUGAUUUUUCUCCAGCAACAUUUGUCUAAAAUAGUUUUGUAAAUCUCAGUUAUCAGUGAGAUGGAGGAACAGGUGGAUGUGGGAUGUUAGUUGGAUUGUUCUGCCGGUUUACUCAAAUCCAACGUGAUGCAGGCUCUAGGACCGCGGGAUGAGCCGAACAAGAGGCAAAGUCUGCGCACCUCCACCAUUCAGAAGUUGACUUUAAGUCUUGAACCUGCGCCGUCCGUCACUCGUGUCCCAGGUCUGCUGCUUCAUGGAUGCAGCUCCGAUCCUCACCAGACUGAUGUGCAAUAUGUUUACUUUUCUGCUUCUGGGAUAAUCCGUGUUAAUUUUCAUCACUUUGGUGAAAUGCAAUCGACUAUAAAGUUGAGGCAAAACUCAAAAAUGUGCAAUUCAAGACGGCUGAGCUGAUUUUGGGUGCCCCUCUCGUCUCCUCUGCGCUCCUCAGCAUGAGGCUGUGGAGCAGAGCGACAGCUAUCCGGAGGAGGAUGCUCUGCCUCUGGUUGCUGCUCCUCGGGUUCGCCCUGGUUACUCUUGCGCUCUCGGAUCUUUUCAGCCGGGAUCGCGACCACAGCCGUGACAAGCCUGGUCCUCCCCGCCGCCCCCUCCUGCAGCGGAUCCCCAGUCCCCCGGAUCUGGAGCUCAUCGUGGAGUCCCGAGACCCCGCUUUAGAGCUCGGCGUCGACGUGGCUCCGCUGAAAUCUCUGCAAGAAGACGAGCUUUUAUUCGUGCCAUCCGUGCAGGGCACCAAGAGCGCGCCACAGAAGAAGGGAAGCUACAAGGUGCUCAUGCCUGGAACUAGUAAAGGUACGGCUGUCCCGGGGACCCUGGCGCACGGUGAGAUGGGUAAAGCGGUGCGGCUCCACCUGGACGGUUUGGAGAAGGAUAUGGAGCAGGCCGCGGUGCAAAAGUACGGCUUCAACGAGGUGGUCAGCGAGAGGAUUUCACUGCAUCGCAGACUGCCAGAGACGCGCCAUCCUGAGUGUUUUGGGGAGCAAUACAGUGAGUCUCUCCCUUCAGCCAGUGUUGUGAUCUGUUUUCAUGACGAAGCCUGGUCCACACUCCUGCGCACAGUUCACAGCGUGCUGGAUACUGCACCCAGACAGUAUCUGCAGGAGGUUCUGCUGGUGGACGACCUGAGCCAGCACGGUCACCUGAAGACUGUUCUGAGUGAAUAUGUGUCUCAUCUGGACGGGGUGCGUUUGAUUCGUAGCACCAGACGCCUGGGUGCUGGUGGUUGCCGUACACUGGGUGCUGCAAGGGCAGCAGGGGAGGUGCUGGUGUUCAUGGACUCCCACUGUGAAUGCCAGAAGGGUUGGCUGGAGCCACUGCUGGAGAGAGUUGCUCAGGACAGGACUACAGUGGUGUCACCCAUCAUGGAUGUAAUAGACUGGCAGACCUUUAGGUACAAUGCCACCCAGUGGCCAGUUAGAGGAGUGUUCGACUGGAGACUUGACUUCUAUUGGGAAUCAAACCCUCAACUGGAAGAUAAGGACCCAGAGAAGGCUGUUCGACCUGUGAGGAGCCCUGCUUUAGGAGGUGAAGUUGUGGCCAUCGACAGACAUUUCUUCCAAAGCGUGGGAGCCUAUGACCCCGGGAUGCUGCUGUGGGGGGCGGAACAUAUUGAGCUAUCAAUUAGGGUGUGGUCAUGCGGGGGCUCCAUGGAGGUGGUUCCUUGCUCACGUGUUGCCCACCUCAAUCGCCACCACCUGCCGUAUCACUUCCCAGACCAGGACCUGCUCCAGAGGAACAAGAUCCGCAUCGCUGCCACCUGGAUGGAUGCAUACAAGAAGAUCUUCUAUAGGAGAGAGACGCUUGCUCAUUUUAUCAGGCAGUCUGAGAGCCCAAACAUCACAGAGCGUAUGCGGCUGAAGAGGAGUCUGGGUUGUAGGAACUUCCACUGGUUCCUGACUACAGUUUACCCACAACUCUACAUCCCUCAGGACAGACCUGCUCUGUCAGGAGAGCUGUACAGUGUCGGCACCGGUGGCUGUGCAGACUACCCCCAUGGGCAGGGACUGCAGGGUGGAAACAUGAGUAUCGUGCCAUGCAGCGGGACAGGCAGCCAGCACUGUGAUCUAAACUCCGAGGGUGAAGUGCGAUGGGGUCCCAUGGGGGCUUUGUGUUUGGAUACCAAGGGAGACAGGGUGGUCCUCUCUCCAUGCCCCACCCACCGACCCACUGCCAGCAGACUCCAGUGGAAGUUCAUCAAGCUGAGCGGCCAGCUUGUGCACCAACAGUCCCAGUUAUGUCUGGAGGCUGUGAAGGAAGGUGGGCUCCUGCAAAGUAGCCCAAGAGAAGCCAACAUUUACCCCAGCACAGGAGGUCUCUUCCUGCGCCAAUGCACACAUCACCCCAGACAACAGUGGCACUUUGAGCAAGUAGUGGCUCCCAAAGGUGCCUGAAACGUAAAGCACAGAGGGGACUAGUGCAUUUUCAAGAUGUGAAUUAUAGGCGUAUCCGACAGGCUUUUUCUAUAUGUACUAUCCAUAGUGGUAGAAAAAUAUCCUUAUUCUAAUUUGUCUCUCUGCUCUCCCACUCAGCAUGUUUUGUUCCUGUUUUAAGGAUUGCAAAUAUCAUUAACUGUGUAUGAUAAUUAAAUAGUAACAAAACUAAUUAUCUCUUAGGAAUAUCAAUUUUAAUAUCUACUACUGUAUUCUAUUUAUGUAUAUAUUCAUCAUAAAAUAUAUAAAGAUACUGUAGGUUAAAUUAUCUUAAAUUAUCCUUCGUGUCAGAAAAUGGUUUCAUUAAUUCAAGUGGAAUUUUUUUGUGUACAUUAUGAAAAAUACUUGAUUAUGCAGGUGAGAGAGGUCUCUGAAUUCAGCACUGGAUCAUGCCAGUUUUACCAAAGUGAUCACUGUUCCACAGGUCUAUGCUGUAGACUAAAUAAAAACAGUACCAAAAAGCUGAGCUUGUAUUUUAUGCUUCCAGCUCUGUCAGUGUUUCUCCCCAACUUUUCAUUGAGUGUCCUUCUCAUUUUGAGCACUAAGUGUAGCUCUGCAUCACUUCAGUAACUUUAUCUUUUUCAUAGCAGAUACACACAGGUGACAAAUUCAAGGAAAAACCAAAGCAAAGCAGAGGUGCUAGUGAUUACAUCCAUGAUGGAUUUAGUCAGUGAUACAGUGAGGAACAUGCACAGUAUUCAGAUACUAAAACAGUUGAAUUCAGCCAUUAUCAGGUACUCAUAAGUAUUUUUAAUAACUCCUCCAGAAUGUUAUACUCUAAAAUGUUUUGUUCUUUUGUGAUAUGUUGUACUACUUUGGUCUGUGUAUAUUUUGGCAAUUGGAUUUUCCGUUCUGAAGCGGGUAUUGAAAAACAAAAAAUGAAUGGUUAUUUAAUUUUUGUUUUAAAAUACAAAAAUUAAUUCCUUUUCAUGAUCAAAAGGGGAUAUACGAAAUUUUAAAAAUGCUUUGAUUUUCAUUUUAUAUUUAGAAUAACAAAAAAAUAAAAUCAGUAAGACACACGAAAAAAGAAGGAUUUUAGUUGGAAUAUUCCUUUGAACGAACUUUUUAAGUUUAUGUUCGAGGAUGUUGGGUGGAAUAUACCAUCAGACCAACCUCCAAGGUCUACAGUAGUGAAUUUUAGGUGGAAUAUACCAUUAAACUCACCUUUUAGGUCUACAUUGGAGGAUUUUAGGUGGAAUUUUCUUUCAAACCGUCUUAUAGUCUACAUUUAAGGAUGUUUAGGAUGGUAUAUUCUUCCAAACCAACUUCUCAGGUCUACAUUUCAGGUGGAAUAUUCCUCCAUACUAACUUUUUUGGUCUACAUUGAAGGAUUUUUUCUAAACCACCCUUUCAGGUCUAUAUUUGAGGUUUUAGGUGGAAUAUUCCUUUUAACCAUGACUCUAAAAACCCAACAGCUUUACAAACUCUAAGAUCAAACUCUCCACAAGGAUCUCUGUUUCUUUCUGUGUCCUUUCUCCGAGUGUCCCUGCUCCCAGAGCUGGAUGCUUCAGAUCUGUGGUUGUUCUCCCACCUCCAGCUGCCCAUUUCCACCGAUCUACUCUGCAUUGCCCUUACUAUACUUGAUUUGCUCAUCUACAUAUUGUUGAAUUUACCACCAGCUAUAUAUGUAGUAUAUUUAAUGCCAGAGCCGUACACCAUAGCAGUACACUAUAAUUAGUUUCCAUGUUAGUUGUACUUUGCAUGUAUCAUCUGUCUUAUCAUGCAUGUAUUAUACUGUGUGUUUUAUGGUCCUUGUGUCCCCCCCUACCUCUCUAUCUCUAUCCCUCUAUCUCUACCUUUCUACCUCUUCUGUCCCUCUCAACCCGCCCGGCCAGCAGGUAGAUGGGUCCCCCCACAUUAGAGCUGGGUUCUGCUCGAGGUUUUUUUCCCUGUUAAAAGGGUGUUUUCCUUGCCACUGUCGCCUUUUGGCUUGCUCUGAGGGAUCAGGCAUAUGGGUUCUGUAAAGCGUCUCGAGACAAUUUGACUGUAAUUGGCGCUAUAUAAAUAAAAUUGAAUUGAAUUGAAAAUAAGUUGGACUUCUACAUGAGAGCUUUAAUUAUUCUUCAUCUACUUCCUGAAAAGUCUGGUCAAUAAAAAAAGACAAAAACUAAUAUUUUCAGCUGAACUAAAGACAGACUGUGAUUUUUCUGCUCACAUGUUGUGUUGUUGUAAACUUACUCUUUCAAAUAAAUAGCCUCCUAACCCCCUGGAAA